UGUGGGAUCCUCCUGGGAGCCAUGCUGCUGAUCUUCUGCUCGUGGAUGACCCACCAGUCCUGCAUGUUCCUGGUGAAAUCAGCCAACCUCAGCAAGCGCAGGACCUACCCUGGCCUCGCAUUUCAUGCCUAUGGAAAAGCAGGAAAAAUGUUGGUGGAAACAAGCAUGAUUGGGCUGAUGCUGGGCACUUGCAUCGCCUUCUACGUCGUCAUCGGCGAUUUGGGCUCCAACUUCUUUGCCCAGAUGCUCGGAUUGCAGGUGUCAGGUCCGUUCCGCAUUGUGCUGCUCUUCGCUGUGUCCCUGUGCAUUGUCCUUCCCCUGAGCCUGCAGAGGAACAUGAUGGCCUCCAUCCAGUCCUUCAGUGCCAUGGCUCUCAUCUUCUACAGCGUGUUCAUGUUCGUGGUGGUGUUGUCCUCCUUCAACCACGGGCUGUUCAGCGGGCAGUGGCUGCAGAGGGUCAGUUACGUGCGCUGGGAGGGCAUUUUCCGCUGCAUCCCCAUCUUUGGAAUGUCCUUUGCCUGCCAGUCUCAGGUCUUGCCUACUUACGACAGCUUGGAUGAGCCGUCUGUCAAAAUCAUGAGCUCCAUAUUUGCUUCUUCCCUAAACGUGGUCACCACCUUUUACAUCAUGGUGGGCUUCUUUGGCUAUGUGAGUUACACCGAGGCCAUUGCUGGGAACGUGCUGAUGAACUUCCCUUCCAACGUGGUGACGGAGAUGAUCCGAGUGGGGUUCAUGAUGUCCGUGGCAGUGGGGUUCCCCAUGAUGAUCCUGCCCUGCAGACAGGCUCUCAACACCCUGCUCUUUGAGCAGCAGCAGAAGGACGGCACCUUCGCUGCCGGGGGCUACAUGCCCCCGCUGCGCUUCAAAGCCCUGACGCUGGCUGUUGUGUUUGGAACCAUGGUCGGAGGCAUCAUGAUCCCCAAUGUGGAAACAGUCCUGGGCCUGACAGGUGCGACCAUGGGAAGCCUCAUUUGUUUCAUCUGCCCAGCUCUUAUUUACAAGAAGAUCCACAAGAAUGCGCUUUGUUCACAGAUGAUCCUGUGGAUUGGGCUGGGCAUGCUGGUGAUCAGCACCUACACCACCCUGUCUGCCACUGAGGACACCCCUGUGAGGACAGAACCAGUGGGCUUGGAGCACCUGGACAGGGAGGAGAGCAGAAUUGACCAGGAUUCAGUCAAACUUCCAGAGCAGAACCCGGUGGUGGAGGAGCCCGAGGAUGACCGUGACAAACCCAAAGUGCCUGAGGAGAAGGAGGAGAUGGAGCAGCCACAGAUCAAGGUGCCCGUGCAGGUGCCCAAGAGGGAGGAGGAGAGAGGGAAGGUGGAAGAGAAAGUGCAGCUGGACCGUCCUGAUCAAGGGAUUGCUGUGCCCGUGGGGGAGGCCCAUCGCCACGAGCCCCCGGUCCCACACGAUGAGGUGGUCGUGGACAUGGGGCGGGAGCGGGAGGAAUCCAGCGAGAACAAAGCGGCUCCUGGAGGAGCCAGCGACCGUCUGCUGGAGGAGCCAGCCAAGCUGAGGCCCCAGAAGGAGGCACUGGGCCCAAAGCAAGGCAAGGAAGUGGCUGCUGAGAACCAGCAGCGAGGAGGGACUGGUGGGCCCAUCCCAAAUCUGGAGAAGGUCCCGGAGGCAGCGCUGCAGCAGGCGGGAAGGCCGCCCUACAAGGAGCUGGAGCCAGGGGAAGCCAAGCUGGAAGCCAAGGCACAGGCGGCCGUGCUGGAUGGUGACACUGCCGAGGCUGCUGAGAGGGACAAGGCACAGCUCCAGCUCCCCAGGAAAGCAGAGGAGGCUGCAAGGCCUGUGGAGAAGGAAGCAGACCCUGGUGAGAAGCAGGAGCUGCCCCUCCCAGAGAGAGCAGAGCUGCUGGAGAAGCAGAACACCGAGGAGAAGCAGGAGAAUGCAGGGGAAGCAGGGCCAGCAAAACUGCUGGACCACAACGUGCUGCUGCAGGUGAUCAAGGAGCAGCAGGUGCAGCACAAGCAGCUCCUGGACCAGCAGGCAAAGCUGCUGGCAGUGAUCGAGGAGCAGCACAAGGAGAUCCACCAGCAGCGGCAGGAGGAGGGGGCAGAGGAGAAGCCAAAGCCAGCAGAAGCACAGGCAGAGCCUGCCGUGCCCCUUUCCAGGAGCAGGGAGGACGAGGGCCUCGGAGCCAAGGGAGACACGGCCGGGAAGGAGCAGCUGGGCCAGCAGCCCCCCGAUUCCACCAGGCAGCACAGGGACGUGCUGGGGAAUGUGGAGGAGGCUGGGCAGAAGCGUGACAUUCCUGCGGCUGCUCCCAAGGAGCGGAAGGUGCCGCUGCAGGAGAUUGAGAGAGCUGUGAAAAAUCCCGUGGAGAACCGGGAUCCCCUCCACGGGGAUGCCCAGCGUGUUCCAGCAGCCAGAAACCACCUGGAGAAAAAGGCCUUGGCGGAGGAUUUGGGAGGAGAACGUGAAGCCAAAGCUGGAAGAGAUGUCCACCAGAAGAAGAAUUUCCUGAAAGCCGUGGAAGCAGCUACAGCUCCCAUCCAAAGAGAACAGCCGGGGGCUGCCAAAGUUCAGGGAGUAGCAGGAAAGGGCUUGGAAAGAGACUCAGGAACAGACCUUAAAGCCAAAACUCUGAGUCAGGUGGAGCCCAAGGAGCUGGCAGGGGUGCCGGACUCUUCCAGUAACAGGAAUGUGGCAGUGAGGGAGCAGCACCCCCGGGACAGGGAGCGGCCGAGUCCAGCAGGUGACACAGGACACCAGCCCGUGACAGUGUGCCUGUGCUCCGCAGGGAGGGCUCGGCCUCACUGAGUGUGCAGAGAUCUGAGCCAGCUGCACCUUGCUCGGAUCCACGGGAUCUCCUUGGAUCCCCGAGCGCCACCCUGGGUGUGCCUGCGGGUGGCCAAGGAGAUGGUGGCACUGGAAGUGACAUUCCUGCUGUCCCCUGCCUUCCAGAGCUGCCAUGCACCUCGGCUCCCUGCCAGGCCGCUGCUCCAAGGAGCUUUUCCAGCAUCUCAUUCACAUCCAAUUGCCUUCUCCAGCCAUCUCCCAGCUCCUCUCAGAAGCAGGAAGGGGCUCCAUGGCCCUGGCUGUGCCGAGGGGACCUGGGAUCCAUCCCCACCUCGGGAAGGGCUUUACCCCAGUGAGCUGAGGACCAGCAGAGCCAGCGCUCCAGUGCUGGACUGGGAGCAGAGCCUCAUUUGUCUGGGCCACAGUGGUGGUUUAGGAACCUCAUUUAGUAGAAACGCUGCCUUAACUGGGCACAACUGCUGUUGUGCUGCCUCUCUCCCAGGGAUGGGGUUCCUUGGCACACACUGGGACCACACAGAGCUCUGCCCCUGCUGCCCUCCCUGGUGCUCCUCUCUGUGCUCUCCAGCUCCAUUUCCCCUCUCAAAAGUGCAUUAAGAAGCUCAACUUCCCCAUGACCCUUCCCAACCCAGCUUGAUUCUCCUGCCGGAGGUGAGUGGUUUGGGAGAAAGCAUGGCAGGGCCAGGUGGAUCCAGGGGCUCCACCUGCCUCUGCCUGUGUUCCCUGUGCUCUUCCCAGCCUCCCCCCGCCCUGUUCUGCAUCCAGACAGGUCCCUGCUCCACCUCUGGGAGUUUGUUUGGUGAGUGAAGAAGGGAGGAGCUUCCCCAAGAGCUCUGUGUUGUUUCAGGCUCCCCGUGAUUCACCCCUUGGGGUUUUUUUUUUUGGGGUUUUGUGUUUUUACAUCCCGACCUGCGAAUGUA